CAGGAAGUUCCUUUUCUUCUUCUCCACUUUUGCUGUCGCUAAUGUGUUUCUUUAAGAUUCCUCGAACUUUCUCCCGAUUUUUUUUUUUUUUUUCUUUUAGGGAACAAUCAGCAGAACAGAGAUUUCCCUGAAAGACAUUAAAACUAAAGUUCAAACCCCGACACACGGGAGCUGAGGGUGUCUUCUGAACAAAGCUCCUUCUGGUUUUGCUCCAGAGAGGACAGACAGAGUGAGGCAUCUGAGAGACGUUGAAGACGAGGUAAAAUGGCCCGGGAGGAGCCGCGGAACAAGAUGAGCUAACUUCGAAAACUUCCUCGGCCGUUUUUUCCUCUGGAAGACGUAAAGGUUCCUGUGAGAGGUUCGCCGCACAGCUUCAGAUGGAAGGAGAAAAAGAAAAGCAGUGGGAGCAGCAAGAGGAGAAGGAAAGCAACGAAGCAGAGGACGACACAAGAAGCGAUGAUGAAACCUGCAACGAAGUGGAGGAUGGAAACUCUGAGAGGGCGGUGAUGGUUUGGCAAGAGGGCCAUGAGAAGGACGAACUGGGCAAUCCCAUCAUGCACUGGGAGGCUCUGAGCCUGUGCAUCGCUGAGCUUGAGAAGCAGGAGGAGGAGAAAAAAGCGAAGGCCGGAGCCUCUCUGGAGCGUGACGGGGCCCCCAGGGGCCGCACUGAGGACCGGGGCAGGACCGCCGGCAGCUGGGACGACGGCAGCGACGCCUGCAACAGCCACGUUCUGGCUCUGACAUCACGCCUGCACACACAGAUGAAUCUCCAGCUCUGCUUCAUCAACAACAGUGAAAGUGAGGAGGAAGCGGAUGAAGAGCCGGGGAAAGACGCGUGCAGCAAGAAGAGCAGCAGCUCCUGGCAGAAGAGGACAGCGCCGACUCAGAAGAACUCCCAGAAUCCUUCCAUGUCUGAAGAGCCGAAGUCCAGAGGCUUCCGGAACACCCUGAGGAACCUUCGAGACCGGCUGAGGACCGACCAGAGAAAAAAGACAGCCGGUCGUAGUGAAGCGGCGGCCCAGCGGACCCACCUGGAGCUCAGCGAUGUGGAGCGGCUCAGUGUGGAGCAGCUGAAGGCUCUCUGUGCGUCUCUCAGGCAGGACAUCCAAGACCUGAGCUCUGAGCUGGUGAGUCGCCUCCACAUCCGGGACCAGCUGAGGACGGAGCAGGACGCCAUGCUGCUGGAGGUGCAGGAUCUGACCGCGCUGUGACGCGUCCCGACUCCAGCGUCGCUUUUUUUUUUUUUUUUGCACAGAAACCGUUUCAACAGAGAAUGAGCACCUAGCUCAGGUAGACUCAGACAUUCACCACCACAGUGUUUCUGUCGGUACGCUGAAUACAAACCUCCAAAGUUUGCACUGGGAUAGAAGAAACUCUCGCUCCAGUCAAAUUCGCCUGGCUGCUGAGAGUCAUCACCACUUCACCUGCCAGUUCCCUCACUGCAUGAACACAUGAGGGAGAAUAAUCCCAGUUAGUUUCUCUCACUAACUUGCCCCUCAGGCGACCCAGCUGUGGACGGUGGCUUUUGGAAACGUUUUAAGGUCACACAACUCAGAAAGUCAGAAGAACAUCCAGGAGCUUCGGUCAGAGGCAGCUGGACUUCUUCUCUUGUUUUACUGAUGACGUUUGGCGUCUCAUCCUGGCUGCUUCUUCAGUUCCGAUCAUGUUUGAAGCAGGCCUGUCUCAAUAAACAACAAAUCAGUUGAUCGCACGAUAAAUUAUGAACAGUGUUUAAAUGUUCAUUAGAAUUUAAAGUUUAUCAAUCAGUGAGAAUGUGUUCUUGCGAUUAUUGUGCCGUCGUUGCUGUUAUAUUACUUGAAACUAACUCAAAACAACAACAUCAUUUUAGCGCAAUAAGUUGUGGAACAAUACAGAACAACAGAGUAACAGUAAAAUCUGUUCCUGUGACAGGCCUAGUGGGAAGUGAGAGUCUUAUAAACGUCUUCAGAACUGAAGAGGUUUUUUUAUUUUUUUUCAUGAAGUCCACUUGCCUUCUACUCAACCACUGAGGACUGCUGUGUUCUACAUGUUCUAGAUCUACACCCGCAAAUAAGAACACUUCCUGUUUGCUGAGGAUGUGAGGAAAGCUGAGAUUGGAUCAGAAGGUCUGAUGGUUUGAUUGGUUUCAUUCAGUCCUUUCAGCAAUAACAAAACACCCAGUUUCUCUUGUUUUGGCGCUCCGCUCUAACUGAGCCAGAGGUUCACGGCUUCUGUCAACGUAGAAUUCAAAUGUUUACAAGAACAAAGACAAUCUUAAACAAAGACUCAUACUUAAAAUUUGCUGUCGUUUUUUUAACACCAGCAUCCACAUAAUGGUUGUUCUGGAACAAGAACCAGAACAUGUGGGUCUACAUCAGCUCUAUAUAUUGUUUUUAAUUUAACAUAAGUUUUCUUAUUGGGACAGCAGUAAAAGAACUAACACUAAACUGUGGAGCAUCGACCUUUCCAUCCCACCUAAACUGUUUCUUAUGGUUAAAUAAAUGAUGUGAAAGUGAUAAUGUGAGAUUUUUUUUAGGACAUUUAUUUCUUUUAGUCACUAAAAUCCAAAAUGAGCUUGAAGGGAAAUACAAACUAGGGAAUCGGUGUCUUUUCAUAAGGGACUUUUUAGCCUUUCAGUUUUUGUAAAUUCAAGGCGGAGCAUCUUGGAGCAUUUUGGUCUCAGACCCAGAGGUUGUCGGAUCGAAUCCCGCUCCCUCCCUGACCCAGGAUAGUCGGGCCCCAGGCUGAAGAUGGUAGUCUCAAAUAUGUUGAGUCAGUCAGAAGUUUACAUACAAGAAGCUCUGUUUAUUUAGUUGUUAUGUUUUGUUUUGUUGUUUUUUUAUACUAAAGAAAUUUGUCUCACUAAACUUUCACCAGUUGUGUAAUUUCAUCAUGAACCUGUUAAACUUUUUAAAGAUCUCAUGUACGGUCUGUCAUAUAUUCUCUAUACUGAUAAUUUUUUUUAUAUAUGUAUAAAAAAAAAACAUAACAUUAAAGAACAUAACAUGA